GAACCUUCAGCGCAAAGAAUUUGGGACGGUGUAUAAAUACCCCGGGAGGCCGGGACUCAAACGACUUUAUGCCCCCAAUUACAGUCGCGGCGGGAACUGGGAGAAUUUGGGACGCCCGAAGGCGAAAUUAGCAACCUGCCUCUCUCUCUCUCUCUCUCUCUCUCUCUGUUGCUCGCUCCUGGGGAAACCCUAGGCGUCUUACGGCUCUACCUCGCGCCCGUCGCGGAUGGCGCUCGCCAUGGAGGAGUUCGUCAACGAGGAGGAGGAGGACGAGCGCCCGCUGCGAUAUCUGCCGCUUGGCCGCGUGUACUCCGCCGCAUGCGUCAGUCCUAGCGGAGCCUCCACACUUGUGUCCAAGAAGGUGAAGGCCCGAAAGAUCGGUGAUGCAGAGGAGGGGGACGAGGAGGCGGGCUGGAAUGAUAAACCCUUGGAUGCCAGAGCCGUGGGAAUGUGCAAUGGCGACGCGGCGAAGCCGUUGCUGGUCUACCAGAGGAGGGCGAAGAGGCCCCGGGUGGAAUCGGCCUCGGAGCAGUUGUGCGAGGGAGUUGAUAAGGGGAGUCCUGACAGUGUGGCUGAUUCUCUGGGGGAGGUGAAGAUUGUUAAGACCAGGACGAGUAUGAAGUACGAAUUGCUUAGGUUGGGUUCGGGCUCCAGUUCUAUGAGCGAGAACUCUGGGUUGCGAUUGCGAUCAAAUGAAGACCAUAAACGAGUCAAUUUAUCGGUGGCAAGAAAGAUCGUUCGUGGUCCUCAGAAGGAUUCUUCUGCCUUGAGCAAAGUGAAAAAAUGGAUCGAGUUGGAACUUGAAGGUGUAGACCCGCACGUAUUGAUUGGUUUGGAAUGCAAGGUUUUCUGGCCUAUAGACGAUGAUUGGUAUAAGGGUUCCAUUACAGAGUACAAUUCAGACAGCAAGCAACAUAGAGUUAAAUAUAUGGAUGAUGAUGUCGAGCAUUUGAUUCUCUUGAAUGAAAAGAUAAAGUUUCAUUUGUCUUGUGAAGAAAUGGAGAAUUUGAGUUUGAAAUGUGGUCUUCCUAACAUAGAGAAGAAAGGAAUCAUUUACAAUGAAUUGCUGGCUUUGGCACUUAACUUUCAUGAUUGUCAAGGUCUUGAACCUGGUGAACUUGUAUGGGCAAAACUUUCAGGAUCAAGUUGAAACAGGCUAUUCCAUUUCUCAAUGGCCUUCUUUCCUCCUUGCAUCUGAAGUGCAAGCAAGCAAGAUUUGAUCGAAGCUUGGAUGAGGCAAAAAAGUAUUUGAUCGAGCAACAACUUCCUAACACCAUGUUGCAUUUGCAAAAGUGUAUUAAGGCUGAUGAUAUUAGA